UAAAAAACUUCAUAAAAAUAAAAAUAAAAACAACAAUAUAUCAUGGCAAUUGCACCAUCACUCGACCCCAAGCCAAACCAGUGCAGUUCAACCCUUGUCCAAAACAUCGACGCCCCGACAGAACUUGUCUGGUCAAUACUACGUCGUUUCGAUCGCCCGGAGGCCUACAAAAAGAUCGUCCGGAAGUGCACGAUGCUCGCCGGCAGCGGCGGCGUAGGGAGCGUCCGGGAGGUGGCGCUGGUCUCCGGCUUGCCGGGAAAAGUCGGCCGGGAGCGGCUCGACCGGCUCGACGACGAUAUGCGUGUUAUGGUUUACACGAUCAUCGGCGGAGAUCAGCGGCUCGAGAAUUACCAGUCGACCACCACCGUGCAUGAGGACGGCGGCGGCACGGUGGUUGAGGAAUCGUACGUCGUCGACGUGCCGGAGGGGAACAACGAGGAGGAAACCCGGGUUUUUGUUAAUACCGUUUUAAGGUGUAAUCUUAGGUCUUUGGCUAGCGUUACUGAGAAUUUGGCUAAAUGUAAUAAUUAA